UCGCAGUUUGAUAAGUACUAGCAGAAAUUCAUCGCAACAAAACAGAAGGAGAGCACAUUAGAAACACAGUUUUGAUGGAAGACCCAGAAGCAGCUGAUGCGGUUUCACUAUUUGCCGAAAAAAUCUAAUAAUUCCUUAACAAUUGGAAUUAUAUCACCCAUAAUUCCUAUAACGGAAUGGACUAACGUAAUUUGUUGGUAUCACUUUCAAAUCUCGUGUUCUAUUCACCAUACUCCAGAUCGAAUCAACCAGGCUUUAUCUUACUUCUUGUACGAAUCGAAUGCCACCAGAGAUUACAAUGACUAUAAAUGAGUGGACAAGCCCUAAGUCAGAAGUCAUUGUAAAGUCUGUGAUUAAAGUGAUACAGUCGGGUAGUCAACAUGAGGAGCGCGACUGUCCUAUUGCUGUUGGUCUUAACGGCCGUAGCACUUGCAGAACAAGUUUCGUACCGGAAUUACAAAGUGUACCAAACCGAAAUAACGGAACAUAAACAGCAAGCGUUAUUGAAGAGAUGGGAAAAUUUGGAUGGCGUCGAUUUCUGGGAAGGCAACGGCCGUCGCAUCAUGAUUGAACCUCGAUUGCAAAAGAAGUUUGAACUUUAUUUGCAGGCACACAAAAUACCGCACAAAAUAAUCAUUGAAGAUGUAGAAGAGACAAUAGAAGCAGAGCGCAAAUAUGAUCAGGAAUACCGGCGAACUCACGCUGACUUAGGACGCAGCACAAUCAGCUUCGAUAACUUCUGGACGCUCGAUGAAAUUCAUGACUAUCUUGAUGAACUCGCAGCUGAAUAUCCCAGCUUGGCCACUGUGGAAAACAUUGGAACGACUGAAGAAGGUCGGGUUAUGAAGGCUAUUACAAUUUCAACCACAAACGGAGUUGUCAGCGGCACGAAACCAGUGAUCUUUAUCGAUGCUGGAAUCCACGCACGUGAAUGGGCUGCAAUAAUGUCUGCCUUGUAUUUGAUUCAUGAGUUGGUUGAACAUAGUGACGAAUAUCCUGAUAUGUUAGCAAAUGAUUGGGUCAUAAUACCGGCAGCUAACCCUGAUGGCUACGAGUAUUCCCAUACAACAAACCGUUUGUGGCGUAAGAAUCGUUUUCCGGUUACAGUUUUAUGUUCAGGAGUUGACCUAAAUCGGAACUGGGAUUAUCAGUGGGCUUAUACUAGUAAUGCCUGUUCGGAUACCUAUGCUGGAGCGGAAGGAAAUUCGGAGGCAGAAACGAGAGCGUUGGUUGCUUUGAUGCAACGCUACUCUGCCAAUCUGAGGCUGUAUCUGGCUGUACACACCUACGGAAACCUGAUUCUAUAUCCAUUCGGGUACACUAUGCCAUUUGUGCCAGUUUCUAACGCUGACGAGCACAUUGCUAUGGGACAAAAAGCCGCAGCUGCAGUUACUGCUGUCGGAGGACCGACGUUCACAGUUGGUAACAGUGCAGAGAUCCUCUAUUCCGCUACUGGUGCGAGCGAUGAUUACGCAGCAGGGGCCGCCGGAUUUACAUAUGCGUUCACGCUGGAGUUAACUGGUGGAGGAAGUAAUGGAUUUGAUUUACCUGCUAGUCAAAUUAUGGCAGUGGCUAGUCAAACGUUUGAGAUUUUCCGAUCGUUGGCAGGAGACAUCUAACUGUUCCCUAAUUGUCUAUCAGUUGUUUCCAAUGUAUUAGGAAUAAAAUGAAUUUCUCUAA